AUGGGCCAGACUCCUACUUCUUCCAUCACCCCUCGGAAUGAGUCAGUUGUUCUUCCACACCUAACGUGCUCUGGACUGAAUGAUGGGCAGUGGCAUGAGGUUCGCUUCCUGGCCAAGGAAAACUUUGCAGUCCUCACCAUUGAUGGAGAUGAAGCAUCAGCAGUUCGGACCAAUAGUCCUCUUCAAGUGAAGACUGGCGAAAAGUACUUCUUUGGAGGAUUUUUGAACCACAUGAACAAUGCCAGUCACUCUGCCCUUCAACCAUCAUUCCAAGGAUGCAUGCAGCUCAUUCAGGUGGAUGACCAGCUUGUAAAUUUAUACGAAGUGGCGCAGAGGAAGCCAGGAAGCUUUGCAAAUGUCACCAUUGACAUGUGUGCCAUCAUAGACAGAUGUGUGCCCAAUCACUGUGAGCAUGGGGGGAAGUGCUCGCAAACAUGGGACAGCUUCAAAUGCACUUGUGAUGAGACAGGAUACAGCGGGGCCACCUGCCACAACUCCAUCUACGAGCCCUCCUGUGAAGCAUACAAACACCUUGGCCAGACAUCAAAUUACUACUGGAUAGAUCCUGAUGGCAGUGGACCUCUGGGGCCUCUGAAGGUUUAUUGCAACAUGACAGAGGACAAGGUGUGGACCAUAGUGUCUCAUGACUUACAAAUGCAGACAACAGUGGUGGGCUACAACCCAGAAAAGUAUUCGGUGACACAGCUCAUCUAUAGUGCCUCCAUGGACCAGAUCAGUGCCAUCACCAGCAGUGCCGAAUACUGUGAACAGUACGUCUCCUACUUCUGCAGGAUGUCCAGGUUGUUGAACACCCCAGAUGGAAGUCCUUACACUUGGUGGGUUGGCAAAGCCAAUGAGAAGCACUACUACUGGGGAGGCUCAGAGCCUGGAAUUCAGAAGUGUGCCUGUGGUAUUGAGCGCAACUGCACAGAUCCCAAAUACUACUGCAACUGUGAUGCAGACUACAAGCAAUGGAGGAAGGAUGCUGGCUUUUUAUCCUACAAAGAUCACCUGCCAGUGAGCCAGGUGGUGGUUGGAGAUACUGACCGGCAAGGCUCAGAAGCCAAGCUGAGCGUGGGUCCUCUGCGCUGCCAAGGAGACAGAAAUUACUGGAAUGCUGCCUCCUUCCCAAAUCCAUCGUCCUACCUGCACUUCUCUACCUUCCAAGGAGAAACCAGUGCUGACAUCUCUUUCUACUUCAAGACGUUAAUCCCUCGGGGAGUGUUUCUGGAAAAUCUUGGGAACACAGACUUCAUCAAGCUGGAGUUGAAGUCUGCCACAGAAGUGUCCUUUUCAUUUGAUGUUGGAAACGGGCCAGUGGAGAUUGUGGUGAGGUCACCUUCCCCUCUCAAUGAUGACCAGUGGCAUCGGGUCACUGCAGAGAGGAACGUCAAACAGGCCAGUCUCCAGGUGGAUCGCCUGCCCCAGCAGAUCCGAAAAGCCCCAACUGAAGGUCACACCCGCCUGGAACUCUACAGCCAGCUGUUUGUUGGUGGUGCUGGGGGCCAGCAGGGUUUCCUGGGCUGUAUCCGCUCCUUGAGAAUGAAUGGAGUGACCCUUGACUUGGAAGAAAGGGCAAAGGUCACAUCUGGAUUCAAAUCUGGGUGCUCAGGCCACUGUACCAGCUACGGAGCUAACUGUGAAAACGGAGGCAAAUGCAUUGAGAAAUACCAUGGCUACUCCUGUGACUGCUCCAACACAGCCUAUGAUGGGACCUUCUGCAACAAAGACGUUGGUGCCUUUUUUGAGGAGGGCAUGUGGCUGCGCUAUAACUUCCAGGCACCAGUGGUCACUGCUAGGACCGAGAAUUCUGCAGACCAGCAGCCCUUGUCUCCAGACCUGGCCCAGGAGCUCAUCCACUUCGGCUUCAGCACCACCAAGGCCCCCUGCAUUCUGCUCUACGUCAGCUCCUUCACCACUGACUUCCUAGCUGUGCUGGUCAAGCCCACAGGAAAUUUGCAGAUCCGGUACAACCUGGGAGGAAGCAGAGAGCCGUACAAUAUCGAUGUAGAUCACAGGAACGUGGCCAAUGGACAGCCCCACAGCGUCAACAUCACCCGGCAUGAGAAGACCGUAAUUCUCAAGCUUGACCAUUACCCUGCUGUGAGUUACCAUCUGCCCAGCUCCUCUGACACGCUCUUCAACUCUCCCAAGUCACUCUUCCUUGGGAAAGUUAUAGAAACGGGGAAAAUUGACCAAGAAAUUCACAAAUACAACACCCCAGGCUUCACAGGCUGCCUGUCCAGAGUCCAGUUCAACCACAUUGCCCCACUGAAGGCAGCCUUGAGACCGACGAACGCCUCGGCCCACGUGCACAUUCAGGGAGAGUUGGUGGAGUCCAAUUGUGGGGCCUCCCCCCUGACUCUUUCCCCCAUGUCUUCGGCCACUGACCCUUGGCACCUAGAUCACUUGGAUUCAGCCAGUGCUGACUUCCCAUAUAACCCAGGACAAGGCCAGGCUAUCAGAAAUGGAGUCAACAGAAACUCGGCCAUCAUCGGAGGGGUUAUCGCCGUGGUGAUUUUCACCAUCCUCUGCACCCUGGUAUUCCUCAUCCGAUACAUGUUCCGUCACAAGGGCACCUACCACACCAACGAGGCCAAGGGAGCUGAGUCAGCUGAGAGCGCAGAUGCUGCCAUCAUGAACAACGACCCCAACUUCACAGAGACCAUUGACGAGAGCAAAAAGGAGUGGCUCAUUUGA